AUGCACCGCGCCUGCACGGAUCUUCCGCAUCCGACGCAGUUCGUAGAGAACACCUACAUCACCCUCAAGGAUGACAUCCGCCUGGCCGCACGGCUCUUUAUGCCGAAAGAUGCAUCGUCGGAGCACCGCUAUCCGGGCAUUCUGGAGUACAUCCCGUACCGCAAGCGCAACGGCACCCGCAUCCGUGAUGAACCUAUGCACGGCUUCUUUGCCGGCCAAGGCUACGUCGCAGUGCGCGUCGAUAUGCGCGGCACCGGUGAGUCGGAUGGCCUGCUGCUCGACGAAUACCUCAAGCAGGAGCAGGACGAUGCACUCGAGGUGAUUGAUUGGAUCAGCAAGCAGCCAUGGUGCACCGGUGACGUUGGCAUGAUGGGCAAGUCGUGGGGUGGUUUCAACUCGCUGCAGGUGGCCGCUCGCCGUCCUCCCGCGCUGCGUGCCAUCAUUGUUCUCGGCUUCACACACAACCGUUUCACCGACGACAUCCACUGGAAGGGCGGGUGCCUGCUGAACGACAACUUCUGGUGGGGAUGCAUCAUGCAGGGCUUCCAGUCAUGCCCGCCCGACGGCGACAUUGUCGGGGAUCGCUGGAAGGAGAUGUGGCUGGAACGGCUGGAGAAGAUGCCGCUGAACGCCGCUGACUGGGCUGAGCACCAGCGGUACGACGCUUACUGGCAGCACGGGUCGAUCCAGGAGGACUACAGCUCCAUCCAGGUGCCAGUGCUCCUCGUCGAUGGCUGGGCAGACUCGUACACGAACUCCCUCUUUCACCUGCUGGAGGGGCUGAAGGUGCCGUGCAAAGCCAUUUGCGGCCCGUGGGCGCACUUGUACCCGCAGGACGGCACGCCGCUGCCUCGGAUGAACUUUCUGCGUGCGGCCAAGGACUGGUGGGACUACUGGAUGAAGGGCAUGACGGCCAACGACGUGGCGAGCUGGCCGGUGCUCCAGGUCUACAUCGAGGACUCGCUGCCGCCCUGCACAACCAAGCCGAUGGCGCCUGGCAAGUGGGUGGCGAUGGACAAGUGGGUGAACGCUGAGGUGCCGACCGUCGCGUAUGGCCUCGGCGCGGGCCGGUUACUGACAGAGGUGGGCAAGGACGGCGCCACCAUUGGCACCGGCACGGUAAUGGUGCACACCCCGCUGAACCAUGGGCUCAUCUCAGGUGAGUGGAUGGGCGUGGGUGUGAUAGGUGAGACUGCUGGUGACCAGCGCAUUGACAACGGCUUGGCCGUCACCUAUACCUCAGCCCCGCUUACAGCUGCUAUGGAUAUCCUCGGCCAGCCAACCUUCUCUGUGACGCUGACCUGCGAUCAGGCGAAGGGCUUCCUGUUCGCCAAGCUGUGCGACAUUGCGCCAGACGGGGCGGCCACGCGCAUCACGUACGGCAUGAAGAACCUGGUUCACUGUGGCCCCGAGGGCGACAAAGCCAUUGCCUUGGUGCAGCCCGGGCAGGCGGUUCAGGUGACAGUGACGAUGGACUUCUGCGGCUACUGCGUCCCGGCCGGCCACAGCGUCUCCCUUUCGCUCGCGAACAACUACUGGCCCAUGGUUUGGUGCUCUCCGGCGGACACGACGCUGCUGCUGGACGCCGCAACGGCUGUCUUCCGCGUCCCGGUGCUCCACUCGAGCGCCACCAUUGUCCCUGGUCCAGAUUCGGUUCCGGAGGUGGCGGCUUCGACCCCCAUGACGGUGAUCGCGCCCGGCCGCGUGGAGCGCUCCGUCUCAUAUGAGAUCGUGCGGGACACCUGGACAUACGUCACGAGCGUCGUCGGUGGCGUGUUUGGCGAGGGCAUCGUCCGCUUCGACGACAUUGGCACAACGCUGGAACACAAUAUGCAUCGAGAGCUGACACUCAGCAACCGCGACCCGCUCUCGGCGCACUACACCAUUAACCAGAAGCUCAAGGUCAGCCGCCCGCACUGCGUCACAGAUGUGAACAUUACGAGUACGCAGCACUGCGAUGCCGACUAUCUCUACAUUCGGUCCAAUAUCAAGGCUGCCCACAACGACGAGGGUGUCUUUGAGAAGAGCUUCUGCCGCCGUGUGCGUCGGGAGGCCAUCUAA